CCACUGUGUUGUGCCGCCUUUAGGUUGACAUCCUGGAUAUCUGCGAGUCGAUCCUUGAGAGGAAACGGCAUGACAGCGAAAGGUCCACAUGCAGCAUCCUGGAGCAGACAGACAUCGAGGCUGUGGAAGCUCUCGUGUGCAUGAGCUCCUGGGGUCAGAGAUCCCAGAUGAGACCCCUCACACCUGUCUCUGAUUCUGGUGACGUCACCACCGCUGUGCUGAUGGACACAGCGGCACCUGAUCUACCAAAGGACUUCCAUUCUUUUUCAACUCUGUGUAUAACUCCGCCUCAGAGCCCAGAACUCAUGGAGCCAUCCACAGGGACCCCAGUUACUUCCCAAGUCACUAAUUCCAAAGGAUGCAUGGUCACCGUCCUCCCCCCAUCCCCAACCGAGGCCAGCAGAGCCCUUAGCAGAAGAGAGCCGCCAGAGCCCGCUUCUGGGUCCUCCUGCAGGGCCGUGAUGACCAGUGUGAUCCGUCACACUGGAGAGAGUCCUGUGUUUCCGACCGCCCUGACUCCAGAGCAACAACUGUCCGGCAGCAGAGAAAGACAAGCAGGGCUGCCGGGCCAUCAUGAAGCUUUGCAGGAUAUGCGCUCGGCAGACGGUUUACUUGUUACUAACUCGGUUUCCUGCCAGCCUUGCUUGCACAAGUCUGGUGUCCCGUUCCCCACCUACCAAGGCCAGCAGACAGGAUGGCCGGCUGCUGUUCAGACCUGCUUACCAAAGAAUUCUGAAAGUGACUUGUCAAGGAAAACCACCCCUCUGAUUUCUGUCCCUGUCUCCAGUCCCCCUUUCCUUUGCCAAAUGAUCCCCGUGGCUGCACAAAAUGGCAUGUUCUCAGCUUUUUUGAAGCCUCCUCCCCAGUUGUCUGCAGGGAUUGUCAAGCCCAUCCUACCCCAAGCUGCUUCGGUGCCCCAGCCAGUGUUCAUGGGCCCAUCUAUGCCUCAGGGAACUGUGAUGUUGGUCUUGCCUCAGAGCACCUUCCCCCAGCCUGCUACCUGCCCUUCUGGUGUCAUGGCCAUCGGAAAUACCAAGCUGUUGCCCCUUGCCCCUGCGCCAAUGUUCAUUGCCUCCAGCCAGAACUGUACCCCUCAGGUAGACUUUUCCCGAAGGAGGAACUACGUUUGUAACUUCCCAGGUUGCCGGAAGACCUACUUCAAAAGUUCCCACCUCAAGGCUCAUCUUCGUACCCACACGGGGGAGAAGCCCUUUACCUGCAGCUGGGACGGCUGUGACAAGAAGUUUGCAAGGUCAGAUGAACUGUCUCGCCACCGCAGAACCCACACAGGGGAGAAGAAGUUUGUGUGCCCUGUGUGUGAGCGGCGUUUCAUGCGGAGCGACCACCUGACAAAGCACGCCCGGCGCCACAUGACGACCAAGAAGAUCCCAGGUUGGCAGGCAGAGGUGGGCAAGCUGAACAGAAUUGCCUUGUCAGAGAGCCCAGGGAGCAUCCUCGAGCCCUUGCCGGCCUCGGGCUGAGAGGGUCCAUGCUGCCCAUCACCUGUGGGCUUCUUCAGACGCCUCUUCAGGAAUGAGGAAUGGGACCUGUGUGUUCCUCCCAAAAAAACAAAAACAAAACAAACAAACAAAAAUACGGUCUCUGGGCUGUUGAAGGGGAGCUGGUUCUGAUGGAAGUACAUUAACUCUUCUGGCUGGGCCCUGUUCAGUCUGUAGUGUCUGCGCUGACUCCCCGUCUUGCUCUGUCUCUGUCGCUCUGUCUGUCUCUCCGUCUCUCUUUCUUUGUGAGGAAAUGGAAGAAAAUUUGAUCUAAAUCACCAGCAUUCAAGCAACUAUUUCGGCAAUAAAGUUUACAGAGUCUGGGUUUUUUUUUUUUAAACAACCUUUCUAUUCUAUGUUUUGUAGAAAUGAGACAGGGUACUAAUUUUUAUACUUUUUUAUAAAAAUAUUUAUACUGUGCUCGAAUCACCAAUUUCUGGGUAGACAGUUUUACCGCCUUCUUUUUCCAUGUUUUAUAACAAAGUUUUGUAAUGACCCUGCUUAAGUACUCUUGGUAGUUAGUCAGAAAAAAAAAAAAUCAAAAUCCACAACUUUGUUACCAGCCUUUUUAUAGCAAAUGUUUUAGAUCAGAACUGGUUUAAUAAAGAGCUCUUGUAUACAUAAUAAAUAAAUAAAUACAUAAAUACAUAACUAGCGAGCUCUUAAAGGGGAAAAAUAAGCUUUGUAGUCAGCUUCUUUGUAUCAGUAAAUUCUAGCAGUUGGUCCUAUAGCCCACAGAACCGCAGUGCUAGUUGGGUGAACUAGCCACGUGUGUCCAACGUCCCUGUGGAGGGUGUGCCAAGUUGGCCACCUAAGGUGAGACGAAUGCACAGUGUUGACUUUUAGACCAUUUGUCUGCCAAGAGCAAAUGAUCCCAUGGCCUGUCUGUACUUAAGCACCAAAAACCAGGAAUGCGGCCACCGAAGCUCUGUAGAUUGUCUGUUGGCUUCUGGUGUGGUUUUGUACCGCGUGAUUGGUUCAGUGACCACGCAGAUAAAAGCAAGUUGGAUAAACCUUCCACCUAAGUGCAGCUUACGCACAGCAAGCAUGCGUGCCCAGUAAGCUCUGGGGUUCAGAUGCCUUCUAACAAUGGACAGAACGCCAAGAAGUGCUUGCUUUGCUAAGUGGCAGGGGCAGCCACUCAGUUGCCCUUCCACUCACUGUGUGGGACGGAAAUGGUUUUGCUCAACUGAGAAGACAUGGAAUGGGGAUUUUGUAGCUAGCCUGAAAGCAGAUCGCAGGUGCUGCUCUAUACCUUGUGAGCAUGUAUCCUGCACAGAGUGGCCUCCGUGUGUCCAAAUGGCCACAAAAACUGGCUUUAGUUAGAGCUAGGGAAGUUCAGGCAGUACAGUAAGUGAGAACAAGAUACUGCACUGUUUGGGCAGCCUGAGGAUAUUUUUGUGUGGUAUUGUAUUAGAUUUUGUAUUUGCCCUUUAAUAUUGGCAUUGAACUUUAUUUAAAUGAUGGCAAGGUUGAAAUAUUAAAUAGAUAAAAUGAGGUUUUACGUUCAGGUCUUUUGAGCCUUAUAGAACCGUCUCGUGGUCAUGCAUUGUAUGUUGUUACUUGAUCCCUGUUAGGCUGCCUUUGGUAGUCUCUGAGUUUUGUAGGUGUGUGUGUUUAGGCAGUGUCUGGACAGUUCUCCAGAUCGCUGUUGUCUUUCCACAUGAUGGAACCGCGGGAGAACUGACUGUACAUAGCUCCCAAGUGUCCCAGUACCCCAGUCCUGUCCUCCACGCUGGCGAUUGUGCAAACGGUAAAUGGCGUCCAGUGCGAUCGUCUUCACCAUGACACGCAGAGUGGUGUGUCCUGUCCCCGUGUUUCCGUGAGUCACACAGAACUUCAGUUCCCCGACCAGUGUUGUCUCUGAAAUAACCGAUGUGUUGAAACACCAUAGGGUUCCAUUUCCUGAUUAGAUUUAGAAAUCCCUUCUGCAGAAGAACCCCCACUGUCUGUCUACUGAAAGACUGAGUUGGAAAACAUUUCCUAUCUGAAAAGGACUCCUGAGCCGCAGAGCCCUAGGAGGGCCCUGCUCCCUUGAGCGCCCUCGCUGACCCCCUCAUGCUGAGGCACCCCCUCAUGCUGAGGUCCCCCCUCAUGUUGAGGCACCCCCUCAUGCUGAGGUCCCCCCAGUGCACUUUAUUGCUUGAGCAGUUCUGCUUGAUUUGAUUUUUUUUUUACCUUGUUGAGCCUUUUGGUAGUUUUAGUAAUAAAAUUUAAAUGUUUCAAAUGCUUAUGUUUUAUGUAAUAGACUUAUUUAAAUGGGUAUGUGUGAUGUAACCUUUUGCUUUGAAUCAUAUAAAACUUUCUUGGUUUGCA